ACGAUAGGAGCGCGCGCAGGAGCGACUGUGCAGUGCGUGACGCGGCAUUGACGUCAGCCUCUCGCGGUAGCGGGCUCUCGGUGUGCGGAGGAGGAAGCGGGAGACACCGAUACGACCGGGACAAGCACCAGCAUCCCGAGGCCCGAACCACCGCAGGUGACCGAGGCUCGGUGAGAAGGAGCCAUGACGGAGAUCAGCGACCUGGACCGUCAGAUCGAGCAGCUGAGACGCUGCGAACUCAUAAAGGAAAGCGAAGUGAAAGCCCUGUGUGCCAAGGCCCGAGAGAUCCUUGUGGAAGAGAGUAACGUCCAGAGAGUGGACUCUCCAGUCACGGUGUGCGGUGACAUCCACGGCCAGUUCUAUGACCUCAAAGAGUUGUUCAGAGUGGGAGGCGAUGUCCCCGAGACGAAUUACCUGUUCAUGGGAGACUUUGUGGAUCGAGGAUUCUACAGCGUAGAAACAUUCCUGCUCCUCCUCGCCCUGAAGGUCCGCUACCCAGACAGGAUAACUCUGAUCCGUGGGAACCACGAGAGUCGACAGAUCACUCAGGUCUAUGGCUUCUAUGACGAGUGUCUGCGCAAGUACGGCUCGGUGACAGUAUGGCGAUACUGCACAGAGAUCUUCGACUACCUCAGCCUGUCGGCCAUCAUCGACGGCAAGAUCUUCUGUGUGCAUGGCGGUCUGUCCCCCUCGAUCCAAACGCUCGACCAGAUCCGGACCAUCGAUCGCAAGCAGGAAGUGCCGCACGACGGGCCGAUGUGUGACUUGCUCUGGUCGGAUCCUGAAGAUACGACCGGCUGGGGCGUGAGUCCGCGUGGAGCCGGCUACCUGUUUGGCAGCGACGUGGUGGCGCAAUUUAAUGCCGCGAACAACAUAGACAUGAUCUGCCGCGCGCAUCAGCUGGUCAUGGAGGGUUACAAGUGGCAUUUCAAUGAAACGGUGCUCACCGUGUGGUCGGCUCCCAACUACUGCUAUAGAUGCGGCAACGUAGCUGCCAUCCUGGAGCUCGACGAGCACCUACAGAAAGAGUUCAUCAUCUUUGAGGCCGCGCCGCAGGAAACGAGAGGCAUUCCCUCCAAGAAACCAGUCGCCGACUACUUCCUGUGACCUCCCGGCCGGAGU